CUACAACUGUAUAAACAAGUUCAACAAAAAUAAAUAAGAAUGGACAAUGAUAAUUCAGUAAUUUAUGGCUUGGAGUUUCAGGCCCGUGCUUUAACGCCACAACUAGGAGAAACGGAGAAAAUUCGUUUUCUAAUAGGAACUCAAUCGUUGAACCAAACUAACAAUCAAAUCCAUCUGAUCGAAUUUAACGAGGAGAUUUCAACAUUAAAAACAUCAGUUUUCCACCAUUCCGAUGGGGAAAUAUGGAAAAUUACAUCCAGCCCUCUGGAUGCGAACAAAAUAUCGACGUGCUACAACGCCCUAACCGGAGAAAACGGCUGUACGAUGAAAAGCGCCAUUUUAAAAUUGCCCGAAAUUGAAAAUCACGAUGCAAUUGAAAAUUUAGAAAUCCUCACCGAACUAGAUUUUUCCACGUGCGGAAGCGAAAUCAGAACGACCGAAUUCCACCCGAACGAAUCCAAUACGGCCGCAUCUCUUACGGAUUCUCAUCUAAUUUUAUGGGACAUAUCUGACACAAGAGGGAGAAACAUAAGUAGCAUUACGAACGAGGGAAAAACCAGCGCAAAAUUUACCAACGGAAAAUGGAAUCCCCAUCAAAACGGCAAUCAAUUCAGUUGCGCCACGGAAACCCACAUAAAAACGUACGAUAUCAGAUCGGGCGAAUUGGCUUGGAGCUUGGACAACGCUCAUUGUCAAUUCGUCAGAGACAUGGAUUACAACAUGAAUAAAUUAUAUCAUCUAGCGACUUGCGGUGAUGAUGGAUUCCUCAAGAUUUGGGACUACAGACAACCGGGCUCGCCCAUUUUCUCCAGAAGCGAUCACUCGCAUUGGAUAUGGUGCGUACGAUUUAAUCCCUUUCACGAUCAAUUGAUCCUCACGGCUAGCUCGGACGCGAGAGUGUUACUUUCGAGCGCUGCCAGCGUUAGUUCGGAGAAUAUCAGCGAAACUCUGAUAGCUGAAGAUAGGGACGGUUUAGAUGCCAAACAAAAAUUAAAAGAUGGCCCAUUGCAAUGGUGCGAACACGAAGACAGCGUUUACUGUGCGGAAUGGUCCCCCGCGGAGCCUUGGGUGUUUGCUUCUUUAAGCUACGACGGAAGGCUUCUGAUUUCACACGUUAAAAAAUCUUUGAAAUACCAAAUUUUAUUAUAGAAACUUACGCAAAUAAUCCAAUUAAAAUCAAAUAAAACCCAUCAAG